AUGGAUAUCGCUCAAGUUCUUGAAAAUGCUCUUUUAGGGCUCGAUGCAAACACAAGAGAAGAGGCCACUGCUCAAUUGGAAACGGCUGCCGUCGAGAACUUUGUUAUGUUCAUUGGCCUUUUAACCCAAACUUUGGCAGAUGAAAGCGUAAAGGUUGAAGUUCGUAUGUUGGCUGCCAUUGCCCUCAAGAAUCAAUUGACAUCAAAAAAUCCAAAGAGAAAGAAGGAACAAGCCGAGCGCUGGAUUGGUUUGGAAGAAGAAAUCAAACAGCAAAUUAGAGACUCAUCGCUCAAAACACUUUUGAGCUCUGAUGAAAGAGUUGGAAGAUCUAUCGCUCAAUUGGUGGCUGCCAUUGCUGACAUUGAUCUUCCAAGAUCCGAAUGGUCCAAUUUAAUAACUGUAAUUGUGGAAAAUACUAAGAGUGACAAGCCAGUGGCUGUGAAGAAGGCCGCUCUUUUAACCAUUGGUUAUAUUUGUGAGAAUGCUGAUCCUAGUAAUCCAGGGAUUGUGAGUCAAGCAAACGGUAUUCUCUUGGCUAUUGUUCAAGGUGCACAAACUUCCGAACCUUCCAUAGAUGUGAGAUUGACGGCUAUCAAUGCCCUUGUCAACUCAUUGGAGUUCAUUAGACAAAAUUUCCAAAGAGAAGGUGAAAGAAACUAUAUUAUGCAAGUUGUGUGUGAAGCUACUCAAUCUGAUGAUAGUGACUUGAAGGCUUCUGCUUAUGGUGCUUUGGCAAAAAUCAUGAGCCUUUAUUACAACCACAUGAGUUUAUAUAUGGAAAAGGCGCUUUAUUCUUUGACAGUCAGCGGUAUGCAAAGCCCAGAUGAAAAAGUAUCGUGUAUGGCUAUAGAAUUUUGGUCGACAGUUUGUGAAGAGGAAAUUGACAGAAGUUUGAGAAAGCAAGAAUAUGGGGAUCAGCUAUUAGCAGCAGAUGCUCAAGAUUUAGUUAUUUAUAACUUUGCUGUCGGUGCUAUUCAGGAUGUAUUACCAACUUUGUUGACCUUGUUGACCAAACAGAAUGAAGAUGCCGAAGAUGACAGUUGGAGUGUUGCUAUGGCUGCUGGUGCUUGUUUACAAUUAUUUGCCCAAAAUGUUGGAAAUUACGUUGUUCAACCAACUUUGAACUUUGUGGAAUCUAAUAUUGGCUCUACAAACUGGAGAGAUAGGGAAGCCGCUAUUAUGGCCUUUGGUUCCAUUUUGGAUGGUCCUGAUAAUGACAAAUUGAAGAGCCUUAUUGGUGAAGCGUUGACCCCAAUCUUAGGGUUGAUGAAAGAUGAUAAUUUACAAGUCAAGGAAACUGUUGCUUGGUGUUUGGGUAGAAUUGCUGAUUUGGUUAUUGAUGCAGUGGCGUCAGAACAAUAUUUGGAUCAAGUUAUCACCGCAAUUGUUGAUGGUUUGAAAGAUCACCCUAAGGUUUCCACAAACUGUUGCUGGACUCUAAUCAACCUCAUAGAACAAAUAUCAUCAGAUUCUGAGGAAUUAGAAACAUGCGCCUUAUCUAAAUAUUACGAAGUUCUUGUCCCAUUAUUGAUUGAAUUAUCUAGCAGAGGUGAAAACGAAGCCAGUGCUAGAACUUCUGCUUACGAAGCCUUAUCCAUCUUGGUUUUGUUUGCUCCAAGAGACUGUAUGCCAUUUGUCAACAAUAUUGCUACGGAAGUUUUGAGCCGUUUGGAAUACACAAUAACAAUGGCAAGCCAAGUUCAAAAUAAUGAAGAUAAAGUUAAUUUGGAAGAAUUACAAAGUAACAUUUUGAGUUUGUUGACCAAUGUCAUCAGAAGAGCCAAGAAAGAAGUUUCUGCCGUUAGUGAUAAUCUAAUGGAGAUCUUUUUGAAGUUAUUGACAUCUCAACAAGAACAACAUGGUUCUAAAUCAGUGAUCGAAGAAGACAUUUUCAUUGCUAUCAGUGCUAUUGCUUCUUCUAUUGACUCUGACUUCAACAAGUACAUGCCAGUGUUUUUGCCAUUCUUGUCAAAGGCUUUAGUCAAUACAGAAUCAACAACUUGUAAAACUGCUGUUGGCUUGGUUGCCGAUAUUGCUAGAUCAUUGCAAGCUGACCUCGCUCCGUAUUGUAAUGAUAUUAUGAAUAUUUUGGGUAAUAACUUGUCAAACCCAGACAUUCCUAAGGAUUUGAGACCAAUUAUUAUUUCGUGUUUCGGUGACAUUGCUUCAUCAAUCGGUGACUUGUUUGCCCCAUAUUUGGAAGUUGUUAUGAAGAUCUUGGCUGCUGCUCAAAACUUGCAACCAGAAGAUGGGUCCAUCGAAUCUUUUGACUAUAUCUUCAAUGUCAAAGAAUCAGUAUUGGAUGCCUACGUUGGUAUUAUUGCUGGUUUCCAUAACAAUCCACAAGCUAUCUAUCCACAUGUUCAAACGAUUUUCCAAUUCUUGGCAUCGAUCCCAGCCGAUGUGAACUUUGCUGGUACCGAUUCAGUUUGCGGUUCUACCGUUGGUUUGAUUGGUGACUUGGCCCAAAUGUACGGGGAUGACAUCAAACCUCUUUUAGCCCAAGAUUGGAUUUUGGAAUUUGUUAAGCAUGUGCAGAAAAAUCCAAGUUUCUCUGACAAUACUAGAUUUACAGCUAAAUGGGCCAGAAAACUCAUUAAGUAA